UCUCUAUCUGUCUCUAUGUGACUUUUAUCCAACCUGGGGGCACGCGUUGGAGGAGGGACGCUGUGUGUGUAUGUAUGGCAUAGGGCGCAACCGUUUCACACCUUGGAUACGGAGCGAAGACCGGCCUUGUAACGCGCGAUAAUGAGCCACGGAGGAAUAAUAAUAACUCAAAGUCCUUCGGCGACAGGCAGCGUGCGCCUCUAGACCAAUCAGGAAAGCCCUAUUUAGCAGAGAUCAGAUUUAAUAUUAUGGAUGUGUAGAAGACAAGGCAUUUAUCUCCACGCUCAAUAUAGGCUACUGUAGAUUUGCUGCGCAGCGGAGAAAAGGCACAGAAGGAGAAGGAGGCGGUGGAGGAGAGGCAGGAGCGCUGAUUCACGGCUGCUGCUCGCACGAGGGAGAGACGAGGAGCGGCUAUCUCCAACCUUAAAAUACUGACCCCCCGCGCGCCUCCUCCCGUCUCCCUCUGCCCCCCUUCUUCGUCAUUGACAGCUCUGCGACCGGGUCAGUCCCUGCGUCCGAGGAGGAGAGGAGCGAGGACAGCGGAGAGAGGGGCUACAGCCGAGGAGAGGAGAGGAAGCGAGGAGAGAGAGAGCGCCUUUUGGACCAGUUUAACCCAAUCUUCCGUAGCUUUAUCACUGAACUGGACUCUAGAGUGCAUGAAGACUACCCAGCUGUGGAUAUUUUCUUGUUGGUUUGACUCUCCGUUACACGCCACAGUGCAAAGUGAGGCGUAAUUAAACACGCGAGGUGGAUAGGAGUCUUUCGCAGCGUCCCCACACAGCUCCAACACAAAUCCAGGUGGUGGUGGAGGACCUCACAGCCCAGUGCUGGAUCCCGUUGGGGACUGUCAGAGCGGUUUGGGCCCGUGAGACGCAGGAGGGUGCAUGGAGGGAUCACGGCGUGGAGGUGGGGGGUCCUUGGCCUGGCUCUGCUUAGGCCUGGUGUCUGUGGCCUCCUCCUUUGUGUGUGCAGAGGCCAAGACCACCCCGAGUCCACUGACACCCCUGAAGAAUGGCACAUGUGAGCACAACACCAAGUGCCAUCAGGGCAUCAUCCUUCCCAUAUGGUAUCCAGAGGACCCUUCCAUGGGAGACAAAAUCGCAAGAGUUAUAGUGUACUUUGUUGCAAUGAUUUACAUGUUCUUGGGAGUCUCCAUCAUUGCCGACCGCUUCAUGGCCGCCAUUGAAGUAAUCACAUCCCAAGAGAAAGAGAUAGUGAUCAAAAGACCCAACGGAGAGACGACUACAACGACCAUUCGAGUUUGGAACGAGACAGUGUCCAAUCUGACCCUUAUGGCUUUAGGCUCCUCUGCUCCAGAGAUCCUGCUCUCCAUCAUUGAAGUUUGCGGGCAUGAAUUUGAAGCUGGAGCGCUAGGACCAUCCACAAUUGUCGGCAGCGCUGCUUUCAACAUGUUCGUAAUCAUUGGUCUUUGCGUUUUAGUUAUUCCCCAAGGAGAGGUCCGAAAAGUCAAGCAUCUCCGGGUUUUCUUCAUCACUGCUGCUUGGAGUGUUUUCGCGUACAUCUGGCUGUACAUAAUCUUAGCUGUCAUCACUCCCAAUGAAGUCCAAGUGUGGGAAGGCCUCCUAACUCUGGCCUUCUUUCCCAUUUGUGUGGUCCUUGCUUGGAUCGCUGACCGCCGCUUGCUUUUCUAUAAGUUCAUGCAUAAGAAAUACCGCACUGACAAGCAUAGGGGAGUCAUCAUUGAAACAGAGAGUGAACGAUCUAAAGGCAUUGAAAUGGAUGGGAAGUUGGUCAAUUCUCACUUUAUGGAUGGAAGCGCAACCUGUAAUCUCAUCGGUCUAAUUGAAGGCAAAGAAGUUGACGAAUCAAGACGAGAUAUGAUUCGUAUCCUGAAAGACCUUAAGCAAAAACAUCCCGAGAAAGAGUUGGAUCAGCUGGUUGAGAUGGCGAACUACUACGCCUUGUCACACCAACAAAAGAGCAGAGCCUUCUAUCGAAUCCAAGCCACACGUAUGAUGACUGGUGCUGGUAAUAUCCUAAAGAAACACGUGGCAGAACAAGCAAAAAAAUGCUCAAGUAUCCAGGAGAUCCACGUCGACGAACCAGAAGAGUAUGUAUCAAGAAUCUCGUUCGAACCAGCUGUUUAUCAGUGCUUUGAAAACUGUGGUGCUGCCAUCUUGACAAUUACCAGAAAGGGUGGGGAUGUUGACAAAACUAUAUUAGUGGAUUACAAGACAGAAGAUGGCUCUGCAAAUGCUGGAGCUGACUACGAGUUCACAGAAGGGACAGUGAUGUUCAAACCAGGUGAAAUAAUAAAAGAAAUCAGCGUUGGUAUUAUUGAUGAUGACAUUUUCGAGGAAGAUGAGCAUUUCUUUGUGCGUUUGAGCAAUCUACGAGUACUUGACACUGAGGAUGAAGUCUUGUCGGCCAAUAGUCUCCCAUAUCCCAAAGCGAUGCUGGGGUUCCCAACUGUAGCCACAGUUACCAUUCUUGAUGAUGACCAUUCGGGCAUCUUUACGUUUGAGAGCGGCUCUGCGCAUGUAAGUGAGAGCAUUGGCAUUAUGGAGGUGAAGGUGCUCAGGACAUCCGGUGCCAGGGGGACAGUCAUCGUGCCUUAUCGCACCAUCGAGGGCCUGGCCAAAGGAGGAGGGGAGGACUUUGAAGAUACCUAUGGAGAGCUGGAGUUCAAGAAUGAUGAAACCUGCAAAUACAUUCACGUGAAAAUUAUUGACGACGAGGAGUAUGAGAAAAACAAGAACUUCUUCCUGGAGCUGGCUGAGCCUCGAAUGGUAGACAUGAGCCUUCAGAAAGAUGUUCCAGACAGGAAGUUGACGACGGACGAAGAGGAAGCCAAGCGGAUCGCAGAGAUGGGGAAGCCGGUUCUGGGGGAGCAUUCAAAAAUGGAAGUCAUUAUUGAAGAAUCGUACGAGUUUAAGAACACAGUGGACAAGCUGAUAAAGAAGACCAACCUGGCUUUAGUGGUGGGAACCAACUCAUGGAGAGACCAGUUCAUGGAGGCCAUCACCGUCAGCGCAGAUGAGGACGAGGAGGACACGGGUGAAGAGCGGCUGCCAUCUUGUUUCGAUUACGUCAUGCACUUCCUGACGGUGUUCUGGAAGGUUCUUUUCGCGUGUGUCCCGCCCACAGAGUACUGGCAUGGCUGGGCCUGCUUUAUCGUGUCCAUCAUCAUCAUCGGGGUCCUCACUGCCAUCAUCGGGGACCUGGCCUCUCACUUCGGCUGCACCAUCGGCCUGAAGGACUCCGUCACUGCUGUGGUGUUUGUGGCUCUGGGCACCUCUGUACCAGACACAUUUGCCAGUAAAGUCGCAGCAGUCCAGGACACUUACGCCGACGCCUCUAUCGGCAACGUCACCGGGAGCAACGCGGUCAAUGUGUUUCUGGGCAUCGGCAUGGCCUGGUCCGUCGCUGCCAUCUACUGGAAAUCCAAAGGAAAGCCCUUCGUGGUCGAGGCGGGCUCUCUGGCUUUCUCAGUCACCCUGUUUACGAUCUUUGCCUUUCUGGCCAUUUCGGUGCUGCUGUACAGACGCAGGCCGCACAUCGGAGGAGAGCUUGGGGGGCCCUGGGGACACAGACUGAUCACUUCCUUGUUCUUCUUCAGCCUGUGGUUCCUUUACAUCCUGUUUUCCAGUCUGGAGGCCUACUGUCAUAUAGAGGGCUUUUAAAAACUCCACUGAGAGGUGUGAAUGAAAGCAUAGGUCAAUCAAAAUAAUGACUCACAAACCUCCCUCAAACCCAACUGCAAGGACCGGCCACAGUCAAGAGCGUCCCGAAAAGUGCCCGGGGGCCAGGCGUUGUCCUUACAGCCGGGAAGGGAUGGGGUCCACCUCCACAGAAGACAAGGGAUGGUCCUGCAUUUCCUAUGGGACAAAAAGGAGUCAACAAGAGGUCUAUUUUUCUCACACACAAGACGAGAAUGACUUUUUCUAAGAAGUAUUUUGGGGAUAAAAAUGCAAAAAAUAGAUAAAACAAAAAAACUAAGGAAAAAGAGGAGAACUAUUUUCUGGAAAAAAUGUGAGUGACAAUGCAUUGGAGUCAUAAUUAUUUAUUUUUAUUUGUUUCAUGUGAAGCUUAUAUGGACUGGCAGAGCAUUGAACAAAAUGGUGGACAUUGUCAAACUGCCCUGGACAUUACUUCAGUACUCUAUACCUAUCUAUAUAUAAUAUAUUUCCAUAUUUUCUGUAUAU